AUUACAAUUUGCGUGGAAUACCGUGAUUCUUGAGUGAGCCGGGAACCGGGUUAUGACCUGGUUUAUAAGGACGCGAUGAUGCGCAACUUCCGAUGGCACAUUCCCUACCCUAGCUAACCACAAUGCCUCCCAAAACCUUUAGCCAGAUCGUCCUUCGCGAACGCCCCGUCGCAGACAUUCUCCCCGAUACCUUCGAGUUCAAGACCAAGGCGUUCGAUGAACUCCAUGUCGGCAAGAGUCAAGCUCUAGUCCAAGUCACAUACCUUUCUCUUGAUCCUGCCAUGCGUGGGUGGAUCAAAGAUAGGCGAAGCUACAUCCCUCCAGUAAAAAUUGGGGAGGUAAUGCGCUCGGGUGCGCUUGGUGUUGUAUCGAGCGUGGGCGAGGAGAGUCAGUUCAAGAAGGGGGACCUGGUUUUUGGACAAUUAGGAUGGACAGAGUAUGUAGUUGCGGACGACAAGUCGUUGGAGAAGAUCUCGCCACCGCCGGGAUCAUCGUCCCUUGACUUCUUGAAUACCUUGGGCAUGACAGGUUUGACUUCUUACUCCUUUACAUAUGGCCUUCACGACGUCGGUGAGCUGAAAGCCGGUGAAACGCUAGUCGUAUCUGGUGCUGCCGGUGCUGUCGGCGCUCUUGUCUGCCAACUUGGAAAGCGUGCUGGCGCACGCGUGAUUGGCAUCGCAGGUACACCUGACAAGUGUGCCUGGCUCGAGGGCGACCUGGGCGUGGACAAAGCGCUCAACUACAAGAGCCCUACUUUCCGUGAGGAUUUCGGGAAGGCAGUAGGGUAUCUAGAUGUGUACUUUGACAACGUUGGAGGCGAGAUGCUUGAUUUAGCACUCUCGAGGUUGAAUCAAAAAGCAAGGGUGGUUUUAUGUGGUCCGCUCAUUUGUGUACUAGACGAUCCAAAGCCUAAGGGUAUCGUGCAGUAUUUGAACCUAAUCGCGCAACGUGCCAAGAUACAGGGUUUCAUUGUUUUCGAUUACGCCAAGCAGUAUCCACAAGCCGUCAAGGAAAUAGCAGCUGGACUGGCUGACGGAUCGAUCAAAAGCAAGUUCCAUAUCGUGGAAGGCCUCCAAAAUGCUCCAAGUGCGCUUCCUAUGCUCUUCUCUGGGGAGAAUGCAGGAAAAUUAGUUGUGAAAGUUUCGGAUGAGCCUCCUAUGGUUGCGAAUUUGUAGACCUGAUUUCCUGCUUCGUCUGUGACCCUGGUUUGUAUUGUGAGCUGCACCUGCACUCAGCCGCGCUGACAGAGAUACAGGCUCAAUUAGACCUGUCCCAUGAUGAAAUCGGCUAGUUUAUUUGUACUAUUUUUUUUACUCUCAAGUGGUGUCUACCACUCGCAUUCUGAUAAACCCGUGGCGGAGGAUCUUUGAUAUGCCAAAAGAUUGGACGCCAAAUCCCAAACAUGUUUGGGAGAGGGAGAAAGCAAAUUCAAAAGAUGAAGAGGUCGUUGUUA